AUGAUCUCAAGAACAAAGAUAGAGAAUAUCACCAGCCUUACCUUCAAUUUCAUUAACAUUACUCUCUACAUAUUGAUCACCACCGCUGCUGUAACAAAGUCUAUUGGCGGUGACUUUGCAGAUAUUGUAGUAUGUGUGUAUACUGCAGUCGCAACCACGUUUCUCAUUCUUAAUGAGGUACGGUCGCCGGCAUUCGUUGACGAGUACUUUCGCUUCUUGCGUAUAAAUCAAGGACGUGGUUUACUCUUUUUAUUUUUUGGAUGUGUGAUACUGGACACCAAGUCAUUCAAUAUCAUUGUGGGCAUUCUCAGUUGGACUGUGGGUCUUCUGUACCUCAUUAUUUCGUUCGCUCCGGAUCGAUUCAAGCCCAAUACACUUAUAGUCAACUGGCAAACCUGGAAGGAUUUUUCUGCGGAAGGUCUUGAUCUUGCCAACCCAGCCACGACGCCAGGGCUAUCAAUGGCAUACACCUCACCGCAUGCAACUCGAGACUUGCUCAGUCCCAGCAAGAAUCGCUCAUUUCUUCACGUAGAUCAAGCUCGGUCAUCUCCUAUCAGCAGCCCGGUUAAAACUCCAGUUGUCGCUGCAUCCAUACGCCAUCCUUCAUAUUUCGGGAGUGAUCAUACUCCAGAUCUGUCCAUCAUUGAUACCAUGAGGUCAAUGUCGCGCAGUACGAAGUGA